AUGACAUAUAAUAAUAUUUGUAAUAACAGUCAUAAGGAUGUUGCAAUAAGUGAUACCCGAUAUGAUUUAAGUUUAUUUUAUAAUGUACAAGAUAAGUGUAACGAACCUGGUUUUUUUAUAAAAACAAAUGAUACAUUUAGUGAUAUUAACCAAUUGUUUAAGAAUUAUAAUUAUGAUCAAGAUUGUAUAAAAGAAAGGGAGGAAGGAGAUCAAAAUGGAUACAUCGAAUUAAAUGAAAAAUUAAUAAAUGAGAAGAAACUUAAUGAUUAUGAUGAAAAGAAUACUUCUUAUGAUAAUAUAAUAUAUUUAAAUAAUAAUAAAAACAAGGAAAACACUACUUUGAAUAAAGAAUAUGAAUGGAUCCAAAAAUACAACACACCAAAUGAUGUAAUGAAAAAAAUAUCAAAUUGUAAGACAUAUGAUGAUAUAUGUCAUUAUAAUUUAACUUGGACAAAAGAAUGUUUAAAUAGGAACAAUAAACAAAACAGGGAUGAAUAUAAUUAUAUGAAAGGUAGAAAUAAUAACGUGUUUCAUCAAUCCAUAGAAAAUAUGGAAAAUAUGAAUAAUAGUUAUACAAAUAGUUUUGAACACAAAUCUUAUAAAAAUUUAAAGUAUAAUUCAGAUGCGUACAUUGAUCUUUCGAAAAAUCAACAAAGUUCUCACUCACAACAAACCAUGUUAAGUCUUGAAGAAGAUAAUAAUAUAUAUAAUGUUAUGAAUAAUAAUAUAGCAUCAUUAAAGACAUACGAUGAUAUAGAGAAGUCAUUUGAAAAUAAUUAUAUGAUAUAUAAUAAAGAAGAUCAAAAAAUGAAUACUGAUGAUUCCACAAAAAAUGACGAAAACAUAUAUGAUAUGUAUGGAAAAACUUUCCCUUAUGAGAAGGAUGAACUUAUAAUAGAAAACAUGCCAUCAGGAUAUUUUAAUCGAAUUAAAAAUGAGCAUAUGGAUAAUGAAAAUAUUGAGAAUUAUAAUUUUAAUGUAAUUGAAGAAAAAAAUUAUAUAAACGAUCAUCAGAAUUUUAUUGAAAAGAAUAAGGAACAUUGUAUUAACCAAGAACAUUAUAAUAAUUGUAUUAUAAGUAAAAAUUCUAAUAAUAUACUUGGAAAAAAUAAAAAUUCAGAAAAUAAUAAUAUUCUUUAUAAUGAUAGUAGAAAAUACAAUAUGUCACCCGAAACAAAUGAUUAUGGAUGUAUUACAGUAAAAGAAUUAGAUAUAAAUAAAGCUGAUAUAAAAGACGAUGAAUUAUAUAAUUAUAGAUCCAGUAAUAAAAUUUUAAAAGGUUUUCAUAAGGAUAAAACCAAAAAUGCAGGACUAAAAACAACACAAAAUAUAUAUAUAACUCAAAUGGAUAAUAAUAAUGUUGAAAAUUGUACUUUACCUAAUGAAGGUGAGAAAAAAAGAAUUAAUAUGUUCUCUUACUACAUGAAUAAUGACAAGGUAUCAAAUAAUCUAGUCAAGAAUGUAUCCAUUAAUAUGCAUGAUCAUAUAAAUAAGAUAAAUGGAUUUAAUAUUAUGAAUAAAAAGGAAACUUUAGGUGGAAAAGAAUAUUUAUAUAAAUAUUUAGAUAACAAUUAUCAUAUGAAUGAUAUAGAGAAAUGUAUCCCUAAACCUGUUUUGUAUACACAUAACAAGUAUGAUGUUCCUACAAUUAUUGAAGGUAUAACCACAAGGCAUAAAAAUGGAAUUGUAUCAGAAUCUAAACAUGAUACUAUAAUAGAAUAUAAUAAUAAAUGGAGAUUAGUUAAGGGAAAAGAAUUUCACAUAAAUCAAAAUGAAAACGUCAAAUCAAUACAAGACUCUGCACUGAAAUUUCGAGAAUAUUUAAAUAUAAAAAAUGAACAUACCAAAAAUCUAAUAAGGAAUAGUAAGUUUAAUACGUUGACAGGAAAGUUAGAUAUAAAUCCAUUUGAUAGUAAAUUAAAUAAAAUAAAUACAAAAGGAAGUUGUGAUUAUAAAGAUGUUUUAGCUAGUUACCCUUGUUAUUAUGGUUUGCGCAUUAAAGAUGAACCAAAGGACGAAAUAAAAAAAGAAAGUGAAAUAUUUUACAAAACUUAUUUAAAAAAAAUAUAUAACAAAUCAAAUGAAAAUGAUGAACAAAAGGUAGAACCACAGAAAAGGGUAAUAAAUAAAAAACAGAAUAUGGCUAUAUGUGGUGAUAAUUUAUUAAAAACUAGAAUAAAAGACACAAUAACAACAAAGGUUAAAAAAUAUUUAAAUAUUAAUUUGUUUUCUGAAUGUUUAUAA